GUAGUGCUGAGGGUGUACAAUCCUACACACUGACUAUGAUCUAGAGAGCGGCUUACUCGGAGAUUACCCGGACAGUCCAGCAGUAGAGAGGCAGCAGCUCAGUCAUUCCGUCCUCCUCAUCAGCACACUACAAGAAAGCCAAUGCACGGAUUAGAUGAAAUAUGCUGGGGCUCCACAACAGCUAAAAGGAUCUUAUCCGAGCUCCCUGGUCUGGAUUGCGGCAUCUUUUCCUUAUGAAGAAGACAAAAACUUGGAUUGUCACAUGCAUUUAUCUUCAGCUGCUUUUUAUCUGCUUUGGAAGUCCAUGCAAAAACCCCGUCACUGAUGCUGUGAAUGACAUUGACAAACUGGUUGGAAAUCUCCCAAGUGAUUACAUUAUGCAUGUAAAUAAUAUCUCCAGAAGUAGCCUGUCAAAACACUGCUGGUUAUACGUUAUGGUAUAUGAAAUGUCAUCGCAGCUUACAGAACUUUCAUCCAAACUCUCAAACACAUCACAAAAUUAUCUUAUGAUAGACAGACUUUCACUUAUAUUUCGAGAAAUCAGGACAUGUAUCAAGUUAUCUGAAGAACAGGACUUUGUACAAGAAUAUUUAGAAAACGUUUCCAAAGAGAUGUUAUCCCCAAGGAUUUUUUUUAAUUUGGUUACGAAAACUAUUUCAGUUUUCCAAGAAGUAAAUAAUACACACUUUGAUGAUAUGUGUAUGGUACCUACAAGCGACCCUAUGGCAGGAGACUCCGUUACAAAAGAAAGCAUACAGUAUGCAUCAAGUAAAUUAAGAAAUGGUAGCAGAUCUGGAUAUACAGAGCAAACUGAAGUUAGCAGCAGUUCAACCUUACCAUGGACUAGCAUAGCAUCUAUAGCAAUGGCCUGUACGAUCGCUGGAUUUUUUCUUGGUGUAAUGUGCUGGAAGUUAAAACACCAAAGAAGAUCACAUAAUGAAGUAUCUGAAAUUCACACUGAUCAAAGAGACACUAACGAAUUAAAUAACAUGCUACAUCAGACAGCGAAAGACAUUUCAAUAAUUUAGAUAUUAUUUCAGCAAUUCCCAGUGGCAGACCUAUGUUCACAUUUUAUCUGGAGCAGUUGAAAAGACUCUUUUAUUCUUGAGCUGCAACAAACUUAUUAGGACUCCUUUGUGAUACACAUGAAUUAAAUUUUUUGCCCUGAUUUAACACAGCCUACAAGAGUAUGUGCUUCAUGGGACUGUUUUGUGCAAGGGGACACUGUUUCCUAAAAAAUAAGUGCUCAGCUUGUAGGACAUCUGUGAUCAUAGGUUACUGAAGCAUAACUACGAAAAAGUAGUAAAGGCUCAAGGGGAACUCUGAGAUCAAAAGGCUCUCCUGUCAAGUUGAAAAUGAAAAAUACCGUUUGGACUAUCAAGUAAGAAAAAUGUUGGAACAAUCCAGUGGUUCCUCAUAUUUCAGCACCAAAUAUACUGUAAUUUAAUGAAAAUCUUUGGAAUCAAACACUCCCGCUAAUUCUUCUUCACCUUGGAAACUGUUCCUCUACAUCAGCCAUGAUGGAAUAACAGCACCUAACGACAGUAGUGUGAAGACUCUUCAUAGCAAUUCAUCUAUGGGAUUUAUAGGGUCAUUUCCUUAAUAGAUAAGAACAGUGCUUCUCCUACCAGCACAAGAGUCAGGAUAUAUGCAUAUAUAAUUUUUUUUAAGUUCACAUAAUAAAUAUAUUUUUUUAUAUUGGAUGCACAUUUCUGUACAUAAAGUAUUAUAGUACAUACCACUUACGUUCGUUGGUAAUUAUGAUAGCUAAAGAGCCUGGUAGGCAUAAAUUAAUAAAAUCACUAUAAAUAAUAUGACUAGAAAAUGAAUGGCAUGAUCUGUUAAACUCCAUUAGUGAGCUACAGAGUCCUGAAGUCAACCAUGCAAAGAAUGCUCCACCAAUAAUGUCCCCUCAGUAAAGUAUCAUGGGAAAUUAAUGGUGGGGCAGGGUGACAAGAAGAAUGUAAGACAAAAAUAUAAUUUUAGUUAUGCCUUGAAUGGCAUAAUCAAGUGGUCUGUAUUUAUAUCCAAGUUUAAAUUAUUUAUUGCAACAAUUUACUAUAGUAGAAAUUAUGAUCUUAAAUACUUUAUUACAAACCUGAUGUCAUAUCAUAAAUAAUUAAUCUUACAGCAUAUGCCAGUAGUAACAGAAGUGCUUUGUUGGAAUCUGUUAACACAUUCUUCACCCAGUAUUUGCUGACACUGUCAAGAAAUCAUGGUAAUCCUAAUACUCCAACUUAUGUUCAUUUUAUUUUCAGCAACAUGAAUUAUAUAUUUUCUAAAUGUGAGAUCACUGCAUUCGUGAAAAGUGUUUUUUUUUUUUUUUGGAUAUAUGAAAUGUAUGCGUGGGCUUGAUUUUUUGUUUGUCGUUACCAUGUAUAUAAUCAUGUUUCUCAUCUCUAGAUCUGUUAACAAAAUGAAACAGUUUUCUUUUUUGCUAUGCAAGUGGUAUGGUUGGGUACUUGUCACACAGGCCAUAGGCUUCCCUCUAGUGUGGAUUCUGCAUUUCUAUGAAAGUGGCUCAUUUCUGAUAACUUACAUGUUAACAUUAUUCAUUGAAAAUUGUAUAAACUGUGUAUAACUGAAUAUUAUUUUUUUCUUAAUUUUAUAAUUGAAGCAGGGUCAGCUUUUAUAUAUAUAAAAAAAACUAGGUCUAUACAUUUUAUCUAUGUAUAUCACAUGUCAGUGAACUUGUGGUAUUUGGAGCAGUAAGAAAGGUUAUUCUCAGUUUAUAAUAUUAAGUAUUAAAGGAGAACAAAAGUCCCAAUACUGCUUCAACAGUGUGAGGUCAAUUAGUGGUUCCGGCAUCUUCUCCUUGGCUUUUUAUGGGUGUUGGUCUUCGCCAACUUAAUUGGCUGGCACAGAAUGACAUCACUGCACAUGUGCAGGAAUUCAGUCAUCCUGGCUCACAUGAACUGUGCCGGAAUGUAAACUAAGCUGUGCAGGAACAGUCAGGUAGGUUUAUUUUAUUGCAGAAAAGAUAUUGCAUGUCUCUUCUAAAAUAAAGAGCCUGCCUGCUCGCAGUUUUUUUUCUAAUUAAGACUUUAGUUCCACUUUAAGUCAAACUAACAAUAGGAGAUACCACCUCAUCUGAUAAUGAGCGUAGACGUUUUUCCAUACACUUAAAAUCUUCAAUUACUUGAGCUAAAGAUCUUCAUCUAAAUUAAAUAUUUAUUGUUCAAUAUGCUUGCCCAGCUAAAACAAAAGAACUUCAGAUCCAAUUUGGCAGAAAGCCCAUGCUUCAAGGCAUACAGUUCUUUGGGAUUAUUCUGUGAAUGGUUGCUACUUGGUAUAAGGAAGUAUUCAACAGGUCUCAAAUAGUAUAAUUUUUCCCCCCUUACUGCGACUGCUCAACAACAAAGACAUAAGGAAUAUAGGGUGUUUAAUCUAAACUGUUUGUUAGAAAUAGGCACAACUACUCAAACAGGACCCACAGUGGCCACAUAUUUAUUAAAUAGCCACUUUGUCCCUUUGAGUCUCCAAUGGACAUAACUUACCAGUGAUAGUAGACAUAAUUGAUCUCCCUAUACUUGUGUAUGUCAGUAAAAAAUUGGGGGGAAAUCGACAAAUAACCCAUUUUCAUUCAAUCUGACCACUCUUUUCACUAAGGGGAAUACAUCUAUGUGCUUAAAACUACUAUAGCAGAGGAAAUGCCAAAUAAUGCUUUUUGUGCAAGCAAUUUGCACAGUGCGUAUUUGUUCAAUAUAUCAAGGCAAAGACACUAAAUA